CACACACACAGACACACACAUACACAACAGAGACGGUUCUCCGGUGACCACUGAACGUUACUCCAGUGUUUACGCUGAAAGCUGCAGCUCACUGUGGAAAUGACCGAGAAUAAAUGAGUACCUCCAGUGUAAGAGUCUGAUGGAGCGUUACGAGUCUCUGGGUCCGGUCGGGGAGGGCAGUUACGGCACCGUGCUCAAGUGUCGCCAUCGAGACUCUGGUCGCCUCGUUGCCAUCAAGAAAUUCAUGGACUCUGAUGACGACAAGACGGUGAAGAAGAUCGCCCUGAGGGAGAUCAAGCUGCUCAGGCAACUGCGUCACGACAACCUGGUGAACCUCCUCGAGGUGUGGAAGCGUCGUCGGCGCUGGUAUCUGGUGUUCGAGUUCGUGGAGCGGACUCUUCUCGAUGAUCUGGAACAAAGCCCGGGGGGACUGGACCUUAACACCAGCCGCCAGUACCUGUACCAGAUCCUGAGGGCUGCUGCCUUCUGCCAUAAGCAAAACAUCAUCCACCGUGACAUCAAACCGGAAAACAUCCUCAUCUCUCAGGGAGGUGUGGUCAAACUGUGCGAUUUUGGCUUUGCCCGUACUAUGGCUUCACCCUCUGAGGGCGCCGUCUACACCGACUACGUAGCGACACGUUGGUACAGAGCCCCCGAACUGCUGGUGGGCGACAUAAAGUACGGCAAACCGGUAGAUGUGUGGGCUGUGGGUUGUCUGCUCAUUGAGAUGUUAACAGGCCAGCCUCUGUUUCCCGGAGACUCUGACCUUGACCAAAUAUACCACAUCGUUAGGUGCUUUGGCAACCUGACGUCUCAUCACCAGGAGUUGUUCUACAGAAAUCCCAUCUUUUCUGGAGUCAGAUUGCCUGAAUGUUCGGGCAGAGUAAUGCUGCAGCAGCGCUUCCCUACAAUCACAUCCACCGCCUUGGAUCUGGCACAGAGCUGUUUAGAAAUGGAUCCAGAAAAACGAGCUCAAUGUUCGGAGCUAUUAGAGCAUCCUUUAUUCACACAAGACUCCUUCCACAUCAGAUUUUUGGAUGAGUUAAAUGCUAAGAUCCAAAAAGACCACAGAGAAAACUCUACCUUGCCGAAAAUAACCAAAACCGAAAAUAACCCAAAACAAGAAAAGGAUGAUGAGAAAAACCGCAGAGGCAAGGACAAGAAACAUCCUGAAGAUGCUGAUGAGAAAGUUGGCAAGGAAAAGCUAGAAAAAAACAAAGGAAAGCAACAACUGAAGGUUUCUAAAACUGUUAGCAACAAAUCGGAGCCUUUGAUGACCACCAAACAACCUAAAACGUUAGGGAACAAGGUUGUCUAUAAUGCAGCACAACCUUCCAUGCAGAUGAAAAGUAAACCAGGAAAAACCACUGGUGUAGAGUUGUUGUCUAAAUCAAUAAAAAUUCUUCAUUUGCACUCAUCAGAGGGCACCAAGACUGCAGUGAGCCUGAAGGACGACAACACAGAGGAAGCAAUACCUAAACAUGAAAGAGUUGUAUCUCUAGAACCUAGGGACGAAUAUCUGGACCAUGCAAAAGACAUAGAACAUAAUGGCUCAGAACUCUGGAGAUUGUCAAAAUCUGAGCAAAGUCAAGAUUGUGGGAACAACACAAAUACAAUCAUGAGUUCAUCUCCUGAUGCUUCCAUUGAUCGGACAGACCGCCACUAUUCAUCAAGUAAUAAUCAUGUUGACGUCAUUGUCCCAACUUUUAUCUCCAAACCAAGCAAGAGCAGUAACACUUCAGAGCCUCAGACCCACAGUCUGACAGCUGAGUCACAGCAAAGGACUGGUGAAUGUCCAAAAGUCUUAUCCGCAGACCACAAGCUUUCUAAAACGUUGUCAACCUCACACCCCAUAACAAACAAGAGCAAUUUGUGUUCGUCCGCAACUCCUUCAAAGAUCAUUUCAGCACAGUCCUCCACACUUUCUAUAGAGGUCACUCCUGCCAACAGCACUAUGACAGUAGCUGAAGAAAUCUCAGAUCCAAAGUUGUCCAAAGUGGGCUCACCUUCAAAGGGACGUCCGAAAGACCUUAUAGAGGUUGCAGAAGAUGAGCACAUAAAGGACAGUCACAUAUGUUUGAGAAUGAGCCCAGAAACCAAAAUGGCUUUACAUCACGUUCAGACUUCCCAAGCUUCAGGUGAACAUGACAAGAUGAACCUUGAAUCUUCUGAGCCUCGCUGCCUGCAUCAAGAAAGCCCUACCAGGUCUAAAAUCGCCACAGAAGCCAGAACCACUUCUGUGCAGAAGGAAAACACAUCAGUAGGGAACCCUAAUCUGAAAACUUUGAAAGUGUCAGAUAAGGAGAACAGACAGGAUUUAGCUCUCUUUGUGCCCAUCAGUGCCACAGCAAAGUCUUCAGUAAAUCAAACUUCGAAAAAGGCUUCAGGCAACGACAUAAAAAGCAGUAACUUUGAAUCUGGAGUUAAAUUUGUUAAAGCCGUUCACCCUAAAUCUUUGGCUGGAGAACCUAAAUCAAAGCCGGAAUAUUACUAUACCAGGUCUACCACCACCCCAAGGACUCAG